ACUGGUCGAUAGGGGGCGCCACAUGAAGACUGCCUAUAUAUACCUGGGCCUGCACAGAUAACUGUUAUUUUAGAGGACAGGAAGUUGGAAGCUGGAUGGAGCUGUCUGCAGCCUGAAGAGAUAAGUGAUCAGUGAUCCUUCAUCCCGAGCGUCAGUCAGAGAGGCUGUCUCUGUGCUUCCAGCUUACUCUUUUCUAUCCUCUGCUGGCCCCUCUCUCUCUCUCUCUCUCUCGCUCUCUCUCUUUGUCUCUCUCUGUCUUUCUUUUUCUACUCUCUACAUUUCUCUCUCCUGGUUCUGCCUUUCAUUUCUUACCCUCAACCAUGCCUCCGACCUUGGCCUCAGCGUUUGCCCGGCGCUGGUGGAUGGCAGUGACUGCCAUCAUUGAGAAUCUGCUGUUCUCUGCUGUGCUGCUGGGAUGGGGAUCGCUCCUCAUCAUGCUCAAGUCAGAAGGCUUCUACUCUUACCUUUGCAACGAAGAGGGUAACAGCUCCAGCUACAAUCUGUCCCAACCACUGACAACACCAUCACCCGAGUACGAGUACUUUGACAACGAGGAUGCCGUGGUUGGUCUGGGAGAUGGAGUGGAGAUGAGGCCCCUGGUCGAUCUGGAUGGGCCCAUGAGGAUGAAUGGCUGGCUGAUUUGUAAAGAACAGGAUGAAAUGCUAAACCUGGCGUUCACAGUGGGCUCUUUCCUGCUCUCAGCCAUCACGCUGCCACUGGGGAUUGUCAUGGAUAAAUAUGGGCCUCGCAAACUACGACUGCUGGGCAGCACGUGCUUUGGAUUGUCCUGUCUUCUCAUUGCUUAUGGAGCCUACCAACCAAACGAGCUCUCUGUCCUUAUCUUCAUUGCCCUGACUUUCAAUGGCUUUGGCGGAAUGUGCAUGACCUUCACCUCUCUCACACUCCCAAGCAUGUUUGGUGACCUCCGUUCCACCUUCAUCGCCCUGAUGAUUGGCUCCUAUGCCUCAUCUGCUGUCACCUUCCCUGGAGUCAAGGUUAUCUAUGACCUCGGCAUAUCUUUCAUAACUAUUCUGGUUGUGUGGGCCGCCUGUGCUGGACUGGUCUUCUUGAACUGCUUCUUCAACUGGCCACUGGAACCCUUCCCAGGACCAGAUGACAUGGACUACACUGUGAAGAUCAAGUUCAGCUGGCUCGGCUUUGACCAUAAAAUCACGGGGAAGCAGUUCUACCACCAAGUGACCACAGUGGGCCGCCGUCUCAGUGUGGGCAACAGUCUGAAGCAAAAAGAGCUGGCCACCAAGGAUGGACACAAACUGUGCCUCUCUACCAUGGACCUGGAAAUGGAUUGCAAACCAAAACAAGAAACCCAGUCCUUCAUGAAAACUAUGAGCAACCCGAUGUUCCUGCUCAGCCUGGUGACCAUGUCCGUCACUCAGCUUCGUCUCUUGUUCUACAUGGGGGCCAUGAACAGCGUCCUGGAGGCUCUCAGUGACGGAGACCUUAACACAGUGAGUCUGUACUCCUCCAUCUUUGGUGUGCUGCAGCUGCUUUGCUUGAUGACCACCCCUGUGAUUGGUCAGAUCAUGGACUGGAAGCUGAAGGACUGUGAUGACGGUGAGGAAAAGGAUCCCCUCAGCAAGGGGGGAGUAAAGACAAAGCGCAGAGACAAAAAGACCCAGAAGGUGACAAAUGCCCUGCGAGCGUUCAUCCUCACAAACAUGCUUUUGGUGGGAUUCGGGAUCACCUGCCUCGUGCCCAAUCUCCCCCUGCAGAUUGUGUCAUUCGUUUUGCACACUGUGGUGAGAGGAUUCAUUCACUCUGCUGUUGGCGGCCUCUACGCUGCUGUGUUUCCCUCCUCCCAGUUUGGCACUCUAACAGGAAUGCAGUCUCUGGUCAGUGCUGUGUUCGCUCUACUGCAGCAACCUCUGUUUCUGGCUAUGAUGGGACCCCUAGGGGGAGACCCACUCUGGGUCAAUGUCGGACUCCUUGCUCUCAGUAUGCUGGGCUUUCUGCUGCCCCUCUACCUGAUCUUCUACAAACGGACGCUUGAAAAAGAAGUACAGCAAAAAGAGGACAACGCUAAGAUCUACAUCAAAAUCAACGGCUCUGACAUCCCUGAGGCCUAUGUUUAGAGAGAAGUAGAUGAAAAAGAUGUUUUUUUUUACUGAAACAUCCAGUAAUACCUGCAUACAAAGAGACAAUAGUGUAUCACAUUUAAACAUGAUGCAUAAUUUGUAACAAAACACACAAUCCACAUCCAUUUUCCAAAAUCCCACCGAGAUAAGCUGAUGCUGCUGUUGUCACGGAAACCGUCCAUGGGACGUUCGUUGAGGAGGAAAGUGAAACGUGGAGGGGAAAAGAAGAACAAGAGAGAGGAAAGACUGUGAAAGGAAAGAGGCAUCAGCCCUCUGCAUUCCCCCCAAAUCCUCUGACUUGUCUUUUUAUUCCCUCCUCUCUGAGCAGCACAUCGGUGCAUCCGCUUUCCGCAUAAGACUGCUUCAAUAUUCCUCGUGUGAGCAGAGAAAAGGAAAACUUGGCGCCGUGAAUAUCCACCGAUAUAUCUUUUAUUGGAGUCUUUCUUUCUGUUGUUGUUUACUGUGUUUACUUUAAAUUAUACUGAUUGUAAAUGCCAUCGCAUGGUGCUACCUAUCUAUUCAUCAGCUUGAUUUUAAGAGACGGUGGAAGGUAAGUGGGACUAAGUGGCAUUAAUGAGUGAGGAGAGAAGAGCAGUCGUAGUGAUUUAUUGUUGUUGCUGGAUAAAACUUUUUGGGGGCUGUAUUCUGUAAGAGAGACAUCAAACAAGCCGGUAUAUUUUGCUAAAAGCAAAAUGUCCAUGUAUGUUUGGAGUAUUUAUUUUAUUUUCCUGCUUUCUUUAGUUUUCUUUUUGUACUUUUAGUUUACCACGUUUGAAUAUACCUGUAUCAUGUAAAAGAGAAGAUUUGUUCAGUGGGCUGCAUGUUGGAACUUUUCAUAUCUCCCCCCCCUCCCUUUGUUUUGUUUUUUUAACAUUCACCAAAUACCCUCCAUCAAAUCAUCAUCAUUCAGACGCCUUAGUUUAAAGUUGAGAGUGUUUGAUUCGGUUUAUGUCACUACUGUCAAGAGAAAUUCAGCACUUUACGCCCUGUUAAACCCCUUUCAUUUCACACACAUCAGCUCCUUUCAGCACUUCUCUCCCAAUGCCUACGUGCCUUGAUAUGUGUAUUUAUUUUAUUUCACACUCUCUCUCCCACUACAAAUUUCAUGAUGUUUUUAACGUGCACUGUGCUGACAAUGACUCACAUGUCUGUCGUUUGCACAGAGCUCUUGUAGAGACGUUUCGUUGUGCAAAAUAUGGAAGAAUAUGUGCAGGUUAAUAAAAAUUGAGUUGAUCACUUUAAA